AUGCAGAGCGUUAGGGAUUAUCCCAUGGAUACCGCUUAUGAGAGACAUCAGCCUAGGGAAGAGAGGCUUAGGAUACCAGGGCAACCACAACAGCGUCAUCAGAUGAGGACAAAGUCUCAGCCCAACCUUAGGUCCAUGGCACGUCGACCAUUGCCUGGCACAUGUUCUCAGGCAGAGAGCCACAACGCAUACAAGACCCCCAGAGUGGUACAUCCUCCUCUUCCAACCAACACUCACCGUCGCAAGCAUGAAGCCAUGUACCUCGAAGAGCCUCCAUUCGAGCGACCAUUCUCUCCCGAGUCUGACUCGGAAGAGCACAUGAUCUUGGACUACUAUCUUCAAGCAUCUUACCACACUCCUUUGUCUAGAGUUGUCUCGGCCGAGGAGCCAUGCAAUCAGAAUGGAGCCAUGGCUGCAUUUGACUUUGGUCUUGAACAGACACCUGAGCAAUCCUAUACACACUAUCAAUCCCAACAUUCAGUUGAGCGACCAAGGACAGCACAUGGAACCAAGAGUGCUUUGUCGCCACCAAGGCAACGUCCUUCGUCGCCUCGAAGACAGUCUCCUUCCUCUCCUCAGAAACAAAUGCCUUCGUCUCAAAGACAAUGUCCUUCCUCACCUCAAAGACAAUGUCCCUCUUCGCCUCAAAGACAACCUCCUGCCUCACCUCAGAGACAUGUUCCUUCUUCACCUCAAAGGCAAACACCUUCAUCGCCUCAAAGAUAUACCCCUUCAACACCUCAAAGACACUCUUACACCCUCUUCCCCAAGGAGCAACCUCAACCCUCAACCCCACGUAUCAGCGUGAUCAGCGACAAUGGCAGUAUCAUCUCCCAUCAAAGCUACAACAGCCAACACCGCCCUCGCACCUCCUCACUAGCAUCCUCAGAGCGUUCGCGCUCAGACUCUUGCAUGUCUGUGCGCCUCCAACCCGCUGCAAACCUCUCUCCCUCCUCUUCCCCUACUUCCUCUCCCAAGCGUCCCCAAACCUCCCCUCGCAUGCGCACCACCAGCGCCUCCUCUACCCAGCAAACCAGUGUCUCUGAGCAACCACCUUCGCGCUGGUCCGGCGAGACGGUAGACAUGGUCUUGGAAUCGCCCCGCUCGGGCAGAAACGCUGUAGACAGAACCAGAGACUCUUCUUCGUCGACUCUGGUGGCCACCAGCCCUGCAUGGCCCACCGGCAGUUUCUUCGAAGACGAUGAGGAUGAGAAGUUGCCUUUGAGACAAAAGGUGGCGCAGAAGUUGAGGAGUUCGCGUUCGAGCAAUGCUUUGAGGUCGGCCAGCAAUCCUACUAGCAAUGCCGAACAAACCCACAAGAAGUCUCCCUCUUGGGCUCGUCGCUUGGUUACCUGGCACCGUGCUUAA